UGUCAGUUGUCACUAAUUUGUGAUUCAUCGUUGAUUAUUCCACACUUAAAUACGAUAAAAUGCCUAAUAUUCAGACGACAACUGUCUGACUAAUAUUAAGGUUCGUUCUUCGGGUGUUCUGACUCCGGCCUUACCAUUAUCCCAUCAGGACCGAUCAUAACAUUCCAGCCGGCGUCUCGUUUUCCGAGUGUCAUCCACAGGCAUGUACAUCUUCCCGGGAGGCGUUUGCGCAUGGGACAGCGUGAAUGUCCUAGCGGACGGCCUAUUGCAGCAGGGCUACUGUCGCCAUGUCCUGCCCGAUGGUCUGCUGAUUGACUUCCUGCUGCCGAAUGCGGAGUUGGUAUUCGUGGAAUUUGGGAAUAUCUAUGAUUGUUCCGGGCGUGGAUUGUGGCGCAAGGAGAACUGGACGUGGUUUUAUUUCAUGGAAUUAGAUCUCUUUCUGACGCCGCUAAUCCCCGAGAACCCGUCUAUCCAGGCGUUAAUGCGAUUUCAUCCCGGUCGUCCCUGGAUCUGGUAUCCCGCCCGACUCUUAACGUGCGCUUUCUGUAUCGGACGGUAUUUCCACUACGUUGUCGUGGAGGUUACUGUGGACGGGCAAACGAUUCGGGCAGUGCUACCGCCCAGCCAGAUCCGCUAUACACCGUCGGCCGAGGAAAUGACCCGGCGACGCCUGAACCGCAGUCAUUUCAUCGUUCGCGAAGCCAGUUUGCCGCUGCAUAACAGUGCAGCGGUCGAUCAGCAGUGCGUUGAUUGGUUGAUUGACCGCUUGCUAGUCCACGAAUUUCGCAUCAUGUCGACAACGGGCGGACGGCUGGUUUAUUUUACGCGGGAGAACGGUAAACCUCUGCACGACAACCUAAUUAUAAUGUUUGCGGAAGCUGUGAAAGACAAUCUGCAAAACGGAGAUAAAGAAGAGAAAGAAGCAACCUGCAACAUUCCGCCCAAGCUUCCCAAGAAACCAUUGGAGCAGAUGGAUGGAAACUGCGAGCGAGGUAUUCCGUUGCCUGUUGAGCUCAUGGCGGUGGUCUUCCAGUGCCUGGACACUAUCGGUCGGCAGCGUUGCCGUCGCACGUGUUUCUUGUGGAACUCCAUUCUGACUUCGCGACCCCUUUGUAAGGAUCUCUUAAUAUCAGCGGAUCCACACUGCCAUUAUGAUAUCCUCAACUGUCUAUUGAAGUACUUUGUACCCGGCACCGAAUGCAUUGCGAUCCAGAACGCGAAACCCGGAUGGGCACCGUACGGGUACGACCCAGUCCUCAUGCUCAUUGGUGACGACAGCAUCAAGCUCCCGCCCAUCAAGCAGGUACUCUUCCAUCGCUGUGUAUUCGGUGAGAUAGCCAUGCGGGCGCUCCUGCCUGUGACGCAUACUGUCCAUGCAUCGGUGGAGAAGCGAAUAGGGAGCAUUGUUUGGAAAAACUGUUCCUUUGUGAGUUCUCCUGACUCGGUAGUGUUGGCGCGUAUUCCGUACGCCGUUAUCGAUCCAAAUUCGGUUGCUCUGCAAGAUCUAUGGAACCUAGUGGAGCGUAACCUGAUCUGGAGGAAACACCAGGAUUUUGAUCGCCUUGCCGCUGUGAUUUGGGACUGCGUAGAGAAGGAGCCGUACAAAGUGGGCUUCCUUAAGUCGUGUGGUAAUUGGGAUAAUUUGGAAAAUAUUGGUUAAAUCAGGCGUGCGCUGGAAAGCGGACCGAAUUGGUUACAUCAAAAUAACUGGUUGUCGUUGUUCGGGAAAUUUAAUAUUUAUCAAGCCUAACAGCGGUAAAGAGUCUAGCAGGUUGGCUGUGGGAAUUUAUGGGACCAACUCCGCGGGAGCCUGUCUAUGGGACGCCUCCGACUCACGCGCCAACAUGAUCGUCUCCGAUGUUGACACGCAAGUGCAGCAGAUCAUGGAGAUCCGCCACGAGCUGCCGCAUCUCAGAUCCAUCAUUCAGUACCUGGGUAGUUGUUUUUUCCCUGUAUGCUAUCAGUGGCAGUUACCACGCUGGCUGAUAUCGACAGAGGACUAAUAUCCAGUCGCUUAGUGAGCUUUGUAAUCUGGCGGGCACGGGUCCACCCCCUGCGUUUGCGCUGUGAUUGAAAGGCUAUCCACAUCAACAUUUGGCUCAUGGCACUAGAAAAGGUCAAUUCAUGUGCACUACAGUUCGCUAAUGGCGCUACUACAUUCAUUUGACCACCGGAUUCACACACUGCAGAACGCUAACGAUACUACAUACGUGAUUCAACCAUCAUUUAUAGCGGAAACGUUUACACAGUACAUCCCGUACAUUAAGUACAACAGCUCGGGUCCUCUGGAAAAUAAUGUGUACGCCGAUGCCUUUGGUGCUCCUGCUGCCGUUCAUGGCAGCAGGAUGCUCGCCAUUCCUUUCUCGUAAGUGCAGAUACGCAGUACACGAAAAGCAAAAUUAAUUUUAUUGAAUUUAGUUAUGUGGUUUUCGUGAUUUAGAAGUUAAGGGUAACCAUCUCCGUUCACUGCUCCUGUUCUGGCAAAUAUGAGGGUGUCGCGCCAAGUUGGGGCAGUUGCGUAAAAAUAAAUACAUUACGAAUUAUUCGCGUGCGCCAGUUUGUUUUUGUUUUUUUCUUCACUUUUUUAGUAUAACUUUUAGUUGCAAUUGCAACAGUGUUGGAACUGUAAUCGUUUGACAUGGUAACGAGCCAUAUAUUAGGGGUUUGGGGUGAUGACGAGUUUUGGAGGCCUAUAACUGGACCUGUUAAAAUUGCGCCAGCAAAUAUUCAUGCGCGAACCCUUUCCAAAACUGUUGAGUGACGUAGAACUGGAAGGGUGUCUUUUAGGGAUUAACAUAGAGGACUCUAUCAGCGCUCGAGGUGACCUCACAACAAGGUGCACCUGACACAGGACUGUAUCAUAAAAACGUUUCAAAAGGGGAAUGCGGUUGCCUAGAACGCUGAUCCCAUUGGGCAUGAUUUAGGUGCUUAAGCGGAAUGUGGGAAGAACCAUCAGAAAACCAAGGUACCACUUCAUAGUUUUCAACCUCCUCCAGCUUUUAAAUUUCCGCCGAAAAAAAACAUGAUUAUGUUUUAUUAAGUAGUGCGAUUUUUGAAAAAAGACUUAAAAUGAAAAUUCAGUCCCUGUGCGGCUGUG